UAGGGGCCGGGGUCGGCGCGGAGCCUUCUUGCCCUUCUUCUGCAGCCGUCGACAUUUUUUUUCCUUUCUUUUUUGCAAUUUUGAACAUUUUGCAAGAGGGGCUUGAGGCAGGUCAGAGCAUCCUGCGCGUCGCCGGGGAGCCUGCGGACACUUGGCGCGCUCUUCUGGGACCGUCUGCGCUGGAAACCCGAAAGUUUUUUUUUAAUAUGUAUAUUUUUAUGCAGAUGUAUUUAUAAAGAUAUAAGUAAUUUUUUUUUCUUCCCUUGAAGAAAAGGUGUCUCCAACGCCUUGAAAGCGAGUACUUUUGGCACAGGACGGAAAAAAGCUCAGCGACAUUUUGGGGGGGGCGGUUGUUUCUUUUUUCUUUUUUAAGGAAAAAAAAAAUUGAGUGCAUCGCGAUGGAGAAAAUGUCCCGACCGCUUCCCCUGAAUCCCACCUUUAUCCCGCCUCCCUACGGCGUGCUCAGGUCCCUGCUGGAGAACCCGCUGAAGCUCCCCCUUCACCACGAAGACGCAUUUAGUAAAGAUAAAGACAAGGAAAAGAAGCUGGAUGAUGAGAGUAACAGCCCGACCGUCCCCCAGUCUGCGUUCCUGGGGCCCACCUUAUGGGACAAAACCCUUCCCUAUGACGGAGAUACUUUCCAGUUGGAAUACAUGGACCUGGAGGAGUUUUUGUCGGAAAAUGGCAUUCCCCCCAGCCCCUCUCAGCAUGACCACAGCCCCCACCCUCCUGGGCUGCAGCCAGCUUCCUCAGCUGCCCCCUCGGUCAUGGACCUCAGCAGCCGGGCCUCUGCACCCAUUCACCCUGGCAUCCCGUCUCCAAACUGUAUGCAGAGCCCCAUCAGACCAGGUCAGCUGUUGCCAGCAAACCGCAAUACACCGAGUCCCAUUGAUCCUGACACCAUCCAGGUUCCAGUGGGUUACGAGCCAGACCCAGCAGAUCUCGCCCUCUCCAGCAUCCCUGGCCAGGAAAUGUUUGACCCUCGCAAACGAAAGUUCUCUGAGGAGGAACUGAAGCCACAGCCCAUGAUUAAGAAAGCUCGCAAAGUCUUCAUCCCUGAUGAUCUGAAGCAGGAUGACAAGUACUGGGCACGGCGCAGAAAGAACAACAUGGCAGCCAAACGCUCCCGCGAUGCCCGGCGGCUGAAGGAGAAUCAGAUCGCCAUCCGGGCUUCGUUCCUGGAGAAGGAGAACUCGGCCCUCCGCCAGGAGGUGGCUGACUUGAGGAAGGAGCUGGGCAAAUGCAAGAACAUACUUGCCAAGUAUGAGGCCAGGCACGGGCCCCUGUAGAAUGGCACUCUUGUGGGCUGGCUUUGGAAUAGAUGGACAGUUUGUUUCCUGUCUGAUCGCACCACACCCAAACCAACCUUUCUGACAUCAGCACUUUACCAGAGGCAUCAACACAACUGACUCCCAUUUUGGUGUGCAUCUGUGUGUGUGUGUGUGUGUGUGUGUGUGUGUGUGUGUGUGUGUGUGUGUGUGUGCUUGUGCUCAUGUGUGUGGUCUGCGAUGUGUGCGUGUUCCUUUGCACUUGCCAUUUUAAGACAGCCCUUUCAUUGUCUUUUAGUUCCAAAAAAGAAAGGUGCCAUGUUUUUACUAGACUCUGGAGCCCUCUCGUGGCUUUCCCAUCCCCUCCCUCCUUCUCCACUCCUAACCCUUUCAGCGUUGCUUUGUGUUGGAGCUUACCUACUCUUCCAGGACUCUGCUUGGAUUCACCAAGAAGGGCCCUAGUGAAAUAGUGGAUCUCGGUUUUUAAGAGUACAAGCUCUUGUUUCUGUUUAAUCCAUAAGUUACCAUGCUAAUAAGGUGCACAAAAUAACUUAGCACUACACAGCUCUAUCCCUUUAUAGGUUGCUUUCUUCUUAUUUUCAGUUUUGGUGAUAAUUGUCUUCAAAUUUAAAGUGCUGUUUAGAUUUAUUAGAUCCCAUAUUUACUUACUGCUAUCUACUAAGUUUCCUUUUAAUUCUACCAACCCCAGAUAAGUAAGAGUACUAUUAUAGAACACAGAGUGUGUUUUUGCACUGUCUGUACCUAAAGCAAUAAUCCUAUUGUACGCUAGAGCAUGCUGCCUGAGUAUUACUAGUGGACGUAGGAUAUUUCCCCUACCUAAGAAUUUCACUGUCUUUUAAAAAAACAAAAACUAAAGUAAUGCAUUUGAGCAUGACCAGAACCUCCCUAGGGCAAGAAAGCAGAGGGAAAUGGAAGGUCUAAGAAUAAGGGGUUAAUUUAUCAGUACAUGAGCCAAAAACUGCGUCUUGGAUUAGCCUUUGACAUUGAUAUGUUUGGUUUUGCUGUCUCCCCUCCCCCACCCCACCCCACCCCUUCUUUUCUAGUUUAACUUUUUCCAUAUUCCUCUUGAUAUUCACAAUUCAAUUACUUAAGAUUCAGUUUUCCCAUUUUUGUAAUAUAUGUUUUUGUGAAUUAUACUUUGCUGUUUUUUAAAAAGAAUCAGUUAAUUAAGUUAAUAAGUUGAUGUUUUGUAAGACCCUUUUUCUUAGCGGUGUCAUUUUUGAAUGCCUCAUAAAUUAAUGAUUCUGGAGCUUAUGUUUCUUAUUCUGUUUGCUUUUGAACGUAUGUGCUCUUAUAAAGUGGACUUCUGAAAAAAUGAAUGUAAACGACACUGGUGUAUCUCAGAAGGGGAUGGUGUUGCCACAAACUGUGGUUAAUCCAAUCAAUUUAAAUGUUUACUAUAGACCAAAAGGAGAGAUUAUUGAAUUGUUUAAUGUUUAUACAGAGUAAUUAUAGGAAGUUCUUUUUUGUACAGUAUUUUUCAAGUAUAAAUACUGACAAUGUAUUUUGGAAGACAUAUAUUAUAUAUAGAAAAAAGGAAAACUAUUCCGUGUUUUAAAAUUAUAUAACAAAGAUAUAUAUUCACCAAUGUUGUACAGAGAAGAAGCGCUUGGGGGUUUUUGAAGUCUUUAAUAUUUUAAGCCUAUCACUGACACAUCAGCACGUUUUCUGCUUUAAAUUAAAAUUUUAUGACAGUAUCGAGGCUUGCCGUGACAAAUCCUGUUCUGAAAUAUAUAAGGAGCUUUCUUGUUUCUUAUUAGGCCUCAGAAAGAAGUCAGUUAACGUCACCCAAAAGCACAAAAUGGGUUUUAGUCAAAUAUUUAUUGGAUGAUACAGUGUUUUUUAGGAAAAGCAUCUGCCACAAAAAUGUUCACUUCAAAAUUCUGAGUUCCUGGAAUGGUGUGUUGCUGCCAGUGCCCCAGAGAGUUCUGUUCUCCCCUGCGGGCUGUGCGUCUAAUACGGUAUAAGGUUGAUAUCGGUGCUAUGUGUAUGGUUUAUCAUUUGGUAAGUGUUUGGACUUUAAAGGUGAUUGUACUUUUGUUUCAUUAAGCUGUGUAAUGUCAAGAGAUUCCACUGUUACUGCAAAGAAACAUUUUGUGCUAGAUUAAAACACUCUUUCAUCAGUGGGAUUUUCUAGUUUCCUGCCUCCAGAGAAUCUAAUUCUUUAAUGAUCUGGUAGUCUCCUUGUCAAUCCAUCAGCAAUACUUCUCUCAUAGUGUUUAGUCUUGGGAAACCCAACCAAUAGGAUAUUCCUACUAGAUAUCCAUUUUGUCCCAAGCUACAGGUAAAGGCAGGAGAUGGGGAAGUAUUGGAACUGAAAUACAUUGUUCAGGUGAAUAACUAUGGAACCGAAAUACAUUGUUCAGAUGAAUAACAAAAUCAACAAAACCAUUGGCGAUCUUAAGCAGAACUGAAUAAGAAAUAUUCAGUAAGAAAUACAAGCAGGCAUGGAGUUGGCCUUUUUACAGGCAAAGAGGCUAAUUGUAGAAUUGCUAGAUGAUCGUAGUCAUUAAAACAAAGACAGAUUAUAUCUUUAAGUGGAGAAGUGUUGAAGGAUUGUACCAUGGAUCAUCCAAAUGUAUGGCAAUAUCAAAUGGUAACUGAAAAAAGCUAUAUUUGAGCACUGGUCUUUCUUGGAAUUAGAUGUUUAUAUCAGAGGAGCACCACAAUGUUUUCUGCAGAAGAAAUAAAAAGAUCAUAAUAAAAUGUAUUCUCUUGUGUGCCAGGAGAGGUUUCAGAAACCUACCUCGUCUUAAAAAUUUAAACACUUUGGAGUCUGUACAGGUGCCUUAUAUGUAGGUCAUUGUCAAAACACACACACACACACACACACACACACACACACACACACACACACACACACUCACACACACACUCCCUCCUGGCCUGGCUGCCUGCCUGUCCAGCUUAGUUAACUAGUAAACAAGGCAGAUCUUCUCCAUGGAAUGAGAAGCCACAGCCCAACUUGGAGUGACUUGGGUCAACCAGGGUUAGAUGCAGACUGCUGCUAUUAUGAGAGUCCUGUUGUCAUUUUUUAAUCUUUUCAUCCUAAACAUCUUUCAUAGAUUAAUUAUUUGGCCAUUAAAAUGAAUCCAGAUCCUAUCACACUUACAUAUAUAGACAUGAUUUGGAAUGAGCCUCAGAGAACUUCCUGAUGAAGUCACAUCACUGUUUCUUUAGAUUUGGCACAGGCAAAAAUUGACCAGCUAAUCUUUCUGCUGCUACUACCUUGGGGAGAAAGUUAGGGGAUGUAGGGGAGGGUUGUAAAUGAUCACUUUCUCCUCUUGAGAAAAUGGCCACCUUGGAGCAUUCAAAAACCACAUUAGGCAAGAUUGUAAUAGGCCUUUUGUCUUCAAAUACAAUGACCUCCAUGAAGCCAUCCCUCAAAGCAGAGGGACCCUUUGAGGAGAGUAAGAAUGAGAUUCUGACAAUGGAUGAGUUGGAAGCUGUACUAGAUAACCCGGAGAUUCCUACUAACUCACUAGUUUUGUAGGGGAACUUAACAAUAAUGCUAAACGUACAUCUAAAAAGUCUAGGCUGUUUUCAGGAGAGUCAGGAAGGAUUUCAAGUGGCACCCUUCCCCCUACCCCAGAGUAAAACAACAGACAUUCUGCUAAAUACAAAGAUAUACUUUGGUUUCUUUCUAGUAGCUUUUACCCUAAUAUUCCUUUUAGGAAAACUUUGAGUUAGAGUGAUGCCAAGGCAGGCUGACUUGGCCUGCCUGCCUGUGCCCGGUGGGUAGAGAUCUGGAUUUAACACAGGGGUCAGCACCCUGCAGGUGCCUAAGACUAAGUGUUCUGCCCCUAGUUUGCCCACUUCCUGCUGAGGGCUUCUAAGUAACUACCAUUGGUGAGGCCAAGGUCUCCUCCAGGUUUUUUCUACUAUUAGUAAUAUAAUUUCAAAAUAAUGAGCAAAACCUUGUCCAAAUCAGACUUAGCAACUAGAGUCAAUACAUUUUGCAAUGGGCCAAGUGUGUAUAGGGGAGUGUGUGUAUGUGUGUGUGAAUAUUUAAGUCAACAUAAAAUCUUUAAUUUUUGAGCACCUUACCAAACAUAACAAUAAUCCAUUAUCCUUUUGGCAACACCACAAAGAUUGCAUUUGUUAAACAGGUACAAGUUGACAUGAGGUUAGUUUAAUUGCACACCAUGAUAUUGGUGGUAUUUAUGCUGUUAAGUCCAAACCUUUAUUUGUUAUUCUUAAUGUUGAAUAAACUUUGAAUUUUUUUCCUUUC